UACCACCUCGUGCCAUGUUUAGAAGUCAGUUGUUGUCCGUAUUGAUUACAUUGUUUAUUCAGUUGGGCAUUAUAAAUUAUCAAAUUACUGGCAUAAAGGACUACUGUGACUUGGACAAUAAGCAGAAAUUCUAUUGCUACGGUAGCAGAGAUUUCUACAAUUCAUCUAUCUUAUGGGGUGUCAUUGGACCCAAACGUGUCUUUGGAGGUUUAUAUCCAGCUUUACCCUACUGUUUCUUGAUUGGUCUUAUUUUUGGAUUAUUGUGUGUGGCUUACAAGAAACUCGCGCCAAGAAAGUACACUGUGUACUUUGAGCCAGCCAUUUUUUUGGGAGCAUUUCAGAACUGGGCACCGACAAACUUGUCAUAUCUUACAGGUGGACUUUAUCUUGGGUAUGCGCUGAUGCACUAUGUUAGAAAAAAGUAUGAAGCUUGGUGGCAAAAAUACAAUUACUUGCUUGGUUCAGGAAUUGACGCUGGUAUUGCAUUCUCCUCGAUCAUUAUUUACUUUGCAGUGCAAUAUCAUGAAAAGGAUCUAAAUUGGUGGGGAAAUAGUGUGCAGUAUAAUGGUUUGGACUCUGCCUUGCAAGAUUCAGCAUCAAGAUUGGACAUCUCUAAUGCCCCUGAUGGUUACAUAGGUCCAAGAAUAGGCCACUUUCCUUGA